AUACAUAUGUAACAAUAAAUGUUCCGAACGUUAACAAUAUCAUUAUUAUUGGCAUGAUGUUUGAUCAAUUUUCUUUUCCCAGAGAAACCUACUGUAUGAAGGUAUGAAAGUAUGCACUUAUGUGUGCAUAUUAUAGAUGGGAGAUGUAGCGGCAACAUGUAUACGUAUAACAUAUGUAUAUAUAUGUGCAAACGUAUUUCUUGCAAUUUCUCGGAGCCACACUACUGUAAACAGGUAGCUAAUCAGAUUCUUUGUUCAACAUUAUACUUUGCGUGAAACAUGGCAUGGCACUGCAGUGGUACUACAAAUCAAGAGAUGGUAUCUAAACUAAAAGAGGCAGGUAUCUUGACAACAGACAGAGCUGAAGCAGCAAUGCUUGCUGUCGACAGAGCAAAGUAUUGCCAUGAACCAGAUCCUUAUCUUGACCGACCAAGAAACAUUGGUUACAAUGUUACAAUUAGUGCUCCCCACAUGCAUGCGUAUGCUUUGUCUAUUUUGUCCGACCAACUGUUUGAUGGUGCUAAAGCAUUGGAUGUUGGUUCGGGAUCUGGUUAUUUGUCGGCUUGCAUGGGAUAUAUGGUGGGUUCACGCGGUCAUGUGAUCGGUAUCGAUCACAUUCCUGAACUGAUAGAAAUGGCAACAAAAAAUGUACGCGAAGAUUGUACGCAUUUCCUCAAGGAAGGACGUGUUAAAUUCAUAGUGGGAGACGGCAGAUUGGGACGUGCUGCUGACGGCCCUUACAACGCGAUACACGUUGGAGCGGCAGCAGAUGUUUUACCAGAGCAGUUGAUAGACCAAUUGGCUCCUGGUGGACGACUAAUAUGUCCAGUUGUUACCAUAGAAGGUUUUCGGAGACUUCAAGAUCUGCUUCAGGUAGAUAAAAAUAUCGAUGGCACGAUCUCAAAGAAAAAGCUAAUGCAAGUUUCCUACGUUCCUCUUACCGAUCCUGCUACUCAACUACUUAACGAUACAAAAGAUUUAGAAAAGAUUUAGAUAGAUUUCAGUAUUAAAAAAAGUUCAUCACUGAAAAUUUAACUUAAUACAUUCUUAAUCAGGCGUGAGAUAAUAUCCAUAAAAUAGAAAUUUUCUAUUCAUACGUGUAUUAAUAAAAUAUAUUCUCCAUGU